CGAAGAAGAAUAUGACCCCCCCAUAAUAUAUUAUAUUUGUUACAUUAUUUGAGUUUGCAAGGCUGAAACUCUCAACAACCACCACCAUCACCACCACCACCACUACCACCCCAAGCAGCAGAUGACUGAUAAACCCUCCUCCAGAACCCGAACCGAAAAGCAUAACUGCGAUGGAGUAAGGUUGUCCGGGGAAUUUUGGAGAUCUGGUGAAAUGGAAGACGGUGUCUCUGCUGUGAGGAGAUGGGAGGACUUGGAGACGGAUAUUUUGGUGAAGAUUUUUCAGUCGUUUGAUGUGUUUGAGUUAACUUCCGGAAUAGCUCAUGUUUGUAGUGGGUGGCGUUUGGCGUGCUGUGAUCCUCUGCUGUGGAAGACGUUGGAUUUGUCGAUGAUGAAAUCUAAUUUCAUCAAAAUCCCGUCAGAGCCUUAUGUAUAUGUGGACGACCCGUCCGAUAAGCUUUUGUCUCGUUUGUUGAAGAUUUCAAUGAGUCUCAGCAGGGGAAACAUCACGACCUUGAUUUUUCAUUUCAACUUAUAUGUGAGCGAUGAUCAGUUGACUUAUACUGCUGAAAGGUGCCCAAAGCUGAAACGACUAGUUUUGCCAGGUUGGAACAGAAUAAAAAAGACAGGAAUCUGCAAGGCCAUUUCCUGCUGGAAGGAUCUUGAAUCCUUGACAAUGCCCAGCAUAGCGAAUCCCCCAUACUUCAUAGAAGAGAUUGCCAAGAACUGCAGGAAUUUCAGAGAACUAAAGAUCAUGGGUCCUUGUGAUAUCUUUUUUGCUUCAACCCUAGUUGCGUAUCUUCCUAAGCUCAAGGUUUUAAGCCUCCGGUGCUCAAUGCUCCUGAGGGAGGCUCUCCUCAUGAUCUUGGAGGGCCUACCACAGCUAGAAGUUCUGAAUAUUUCGCAUUGCCUUCUUUUCGACCUCUCUCCAUCGCCUACAUCUAAAAAAAUUUUGAGAGAGAUCGAUCCUUUUAUCCAUGACAAGGCCUCUCGACUACGCAGGUUUUUGACUUGCAGUCAAGACACCUGCGUGAUGUGCCAAAGGACGAAAACCGACGAGGGGCUCUUGAGGUGGUACAAGUAUGAAGAAGGGCUAUGGAAAGAAGACGAGGUGAGCUCCCUUGCUCAUUGAUUAGAGCAUGAGAAUGUAACUGUAAUCUAGUUGUUUAGAAGCUAUACCUUGUGUAACCUUUGCCUUUCGUGAUUGUGUUGCUGUGUGACACAAUAAAACUUUUACCUCUAUCGACGUAUAAAAUGCCUGAUGUAGAGCUGUAUUACUGAAUAAUAUCUGUGCUGGUAUACUGUUGUAUAA